AUGCCGUCCGCUGUGGCUGGCGAGUCUGUUAAGCGGAAGCGCAAGGGAACAGCUGAGGCUCCUCGAAAGCGUGCCCGUUCCGAGAGCAGCGACGAAGGAGAAGACCUCCAAGGUCGCAUCCUCCUUCUUGAGAGCGAGAUCGUCGAAUCGAAGAAACAUUACAACAAUAUUGCCACGCUUAUCGGUAUCGCCCAAGAUUCGAGCAAAGAAGGCGCAGAAGCAUCCGUUGUCGCAUGCGUUUCUCUAUGCCGGGUGUUUAUCAGACUCUUGUCCUCUGGCAAUUUGAUCAAGAAGAAGGGACUGUCAGAAAAGGACCUAGUCGUGGUGCAAUGGCUCAAAGACAGGCUGGCAGACUACAAGCAACUUCUACUCGAACUUCUCGACCAAGAUGAGGCGGCGUCGACGGCAUUGACUCUAUGCAUGCGCCUGCUCAAGGCCGAGGCUCAAUAUUCAACCGACAAAGCGGAAUACUCGUUUCCUCGACAGUUCCUCCGCAACAUCGUCAACAAGGUUAUGGUACAGCAGAAGUCCAUCGACGGUCUGCUAAAGGACUUCAUAGAGACCUACGUCAACCAGUUUGACGAUGUGCGCUUCUACACAUUUCAGGCCAUUGCCGAGAUGCUAGACGAGGUCUCGGACAAAACCCUCACCAGCGAACAGUUCGAGAACGUGUUUACGUUCCUAUCCUCGGUAGAAGGUGUCCCGAAUUCGAACGGGGAGAUUGAGGAGUUCUAUGUGGAGGCACCGAAGAAGAAGUCACAUCCGCUCUAUCUCGCAUCGCAGCACAAGAAGCAAGCACAGGAUGCAUGGCUUGCCUUGCUGAAUCUCAAUCUCUCCAAGGACCAGCGCAAGAAGCUUCUAGACGUCAUGUCUCAGGUCAUAGCGCCGUGUUUUACCAAACCCGAACUGCUGAUGGACUUCCUUACGGACUGCUAUAACACUGGUGGCUCCAUGUCGCUCCUCGCCUUGUCCGGCGUCUUCUACCUGAUACAAGAACGCAACCUCGACUAUCCUUCCUUUUACGCCAAGCUCUACUCUCUCCUCGACGCAGACAUCCUCCACUCCAAGCACCGCUCUCGCUUCUUCCGCCUGCUCGACACCUUCCUCGCCUCUUCUCAUCUCCCCGCCCAGCUGGUCGCCAGCUUCAUCAAGCGCCUUGCACGUCUCUGCCUCAACGGCCCGCCCAGUGCUGUCGUCGCCAUCGUCCCCUGGUUCUACAAUUUGUUCAAGAAACACCCCACAUGCACAUUCAUGCUGCACCGCGUACCAAGGACAAAGGAGGAGCAAAAGCAGUACGACGCCGAGGGUAUGGAGGAUCCCUAUUUGCCAGACGAGAGCGACCCUAUGGAGACCCAGGCCAUCGACAGCUGCUUGUGGGAGAUCGUGCAGCUGCAGUCACAUUACCACCCCAACGUUGCAACCAUAGCCAAGAUCAUGUCGGAGCAGUUCACGAAGCAGUUUUACAACGUAGAGGAUUUCCUGGAUCAUUCCUACGGAAGUCUCCUCGAUGCCGAGAUGUCCAAACAGGUCAAGAAGGCGCCUGUUGUCGAGUUUCAGAUCCCUAAGCACAUCUUGCUGCCACAGGAAGCUGGUGCUGACGUGGAGGAUAGCUUACUUGUCAAGUUGUGGGAUUUCAGCUAG